AUGCCGAAAAAGAGGUUCACACCACAAUAUUCAAAACCUGCGAGUACAGUUCAUCCAUCACUCAAUUCCAAUGCUUCUGCAUCGACAUCGGCAUCACAAAACAACAAUGUUUCGUCCGUAAAUGAUUUGAUAAAUUCCGCCCGGAGACUAAAUAUAUCUCCUACUGAACACCUCCGCGCGGCCUCUUCUCUCAGUCCAUCAUCUCAUACCCUUCCACCUCAAAUUCGUCAUCUCCUCUCCCAACCUGAAACCCCCUCUCCCCCUCCUCGCAGACCCCUACGCAGCCGACGCUUUGACGCCAAUGGUCGUCGCAUACCAGCUGGUCCUGCACCACCCAUAAGUUGGCUAGAAGGAAGUGCACACGAAUCUCCUGAUGUGCGAUGGCAAUUCCGCUCGGGUGAAGAAGGAAGGUUAUUUCCGAGAGGGGUGGGCUAUUUUCCUGGCCUAGGCGAUGAUACAAAUGGAAAUGGGCCUAAUGGAGGAAGGAGUUUGUUAGAAACCUGUUUGAAGAGAUUGGCAAGUGAUUGGCAGAAUAUGAGUGUUUACGAGUCGAACAAUCUGGCAUUGUUGCCGGUGUCCUUGAGGAUGGGGCUUUUAAGCUAUAUUGCGAUCUAUGGGCCAGAAGAAGGGAUUGGAUUUCAAGCCUUGAAGAAUAUACUUCUAUUGCCAAUACAGGAUAACAGUGUAGUAGAGGGACCGAUCAAAGAAGAGGCAGAAGAUUGGGAGGAAGAGGCUGAUGAAAGGUCUACCGGGGGAAACAAUGAUUAUUUCUUCCGACUUGACCUUGGUGGCUCAAUAGGAAGAUCAGUCAGCUUGAAGCAGCUCUCAACCCUUCUUACAAACAGUUUCGUGGUCAAAGAAGAUACAAUACCUCGAUCGUUCCCCAUAGCCCUUACACAUCUCACCCAUCUAUCGCUCUCUCAUCCUCCACCCUCGAUCUCCUGGUCUCGUCUCCUAGCUCUCACGCCUCAUCUCAAGACCAUUACGCAUUUAUCCCUGGCUUACUGGCCCCCUCCUACGUUCACACCAAACUCGAGUACCAAUCUUUGGGGAUCACCAACCUCCCGAAAAAGUCAAUUUCGAUAUGUCGCUAGUAGUUUGCAUACCCAGACUAUGGAUGAAGAAUUUUCAGAGUCGGCGUUGGUUUUGAAGAAAUUAGCGAGUGGUGUCUAUGGACUAGAAUACCUGGAUCUGGAAGGAUGUAUAGAUUGGACCUUGGCGUUACAGGACUUAUAUGGUGUAGAUUGGGGUCAUCAGUGGAGAAGGCUAAAGACUUUAAUUUUAAAGAGUGGAAUGAUGGGAGAUGAUCCGGACUCUGAUGUGGCAGACUUUGAGGGGUUUUCCGAGGACGAAAAGAGUGCUAUUGAAAAGGCUAUUUUGGAGGGAAUGCACACGCAAAAUCACAUACAUAGGAUAAGGAGAAGAAAAGCACUACCGUGGAUGGAUGUCAUUGUUGAUCGGAACCCUAAUGGCAUGAAACCGCGGGUUCCUAGAGAGUCUUCUGAAACAAUCGUUGGAGGUGCCGGUGCUAGGAUUUGGGAUACCGAAUUUGCAAUGGCUAUUGCGAACAGUACUUGGGAUUCUUAG